AUGUCAUCUAAAACCCCAGAGGAUACCAAGAAGCAGACAGGCAACAGCUCGGACGAAUUGACCACAGUCGUUGAAGAACUAUUAAACUCCCUAUCAAGCAAAUUUGACGGUGUCUCGAGCGAAAUCUUCGCUAAAAUGGACGAUAUGGCGCGCCGAUUGGACCACCUCGAAGCCUCACUCCAAGCUAACGACGAAAACGGCGCAAAUUCAUCACCCAGGACAUGA